GUAUAAUCAUGCUUGUCUCUAAGCAAAACAGAAAGGUUAUCUACGAGGCUCUCUUCAAGGAUGGUGCUCUUGUCGCCCCCAAGGACUACAACGCUCCCAAGCACACUGAACUCGAUGUUCCCAACCUCGAAGUUAUCAAGAUCAUGCAAUCUUUGACCUCCAAGGGUCUUGUCAAGACUCAAUUCUCUUGGCAAUGGUACUACUAUACUCUCACUGAUGAGGGUAUUGAUUAUCUCCGUGAAUACCUUCACUUGCCUCAAGAAAUUGUUCCCGCCACUUUGAAGAAGUCUGCUCGUCCCGCUGCCCCCCGUCGUGCUUUCGGUGGUGAAGGUCGUGAAAACCGUGGUCCCCGUGGUGACCGUGGUGACUACCGUCGUAAGGAAGGUGCUUCUGGUGACUUCAAGCCCGAAUUCCGUGGUGGUCUUGGUCGUGGUAACCGCGAAUAAAUAUGAUCAAAUAAAGCAAAAGAUAAAGAAAACGUUUGAAUUGCUUUAAGCUAACUGUUUCAUCCUGCUUUCUAAUGUUGUUUUUGUCAUACGUACAAUUAUAAUAAAAAAAAAACCUCAUUUAAAGAGACAGUAAAAAA